GGCACCUCACCCCCUGCAAGACGAGGCCCCCCGCGAGGGUAUAUAAGGCGGAGGCAGACUCAUUGCGACCGUCAGUCUUGCCGAAGGAGGUUAAAGAGGCAGAGCUAACGAGGAGAUAAGGGAUUAAACACCAUGGCCCCAUCCUAUUCAGAGAUCGUAGGCACCGCUCGCCGGGCCUACGCGGAGGGCAGGACCCGACCCGUUGAAUUCCGCCGAAAGCAGCUGCAGCAGUACAAGAAGAUGCUGGAGGACCACAGGGAUGAAUUUCUGAAGGCGCUGGCGGAGGAUCUGAACAAGCCCAAGCUCGAAGCCGUAAUCUUCGAGGUGGACUUCGCUAUGAAGGACGCGGACUACCUGCUGGCUAAUCUGGACAAGUGGGUCAAGACGGAGGAGGUGCCGUCUGUGGUGCCCGGGGACAAGUCACUCAUCUUGCGGGAACCCUACGGAGUGUGCCUUGUCAUGGGGGCCUGGAACUACCCUCUCCAGCUGGCCCUCAUCCCUGCUGCUGGUGCAAUCGCGGCUGGUAACGCGGUGGUCAUCAAGCCCUCGGAGGUGUCCCCCGCCACCGCCGCCGCCAUCGCCAAGUACCUGCCGCAGUAUCUCGACAAGGAGUGUUUCCCCGUGGUGCUGGGCGGCGUCCCGGAGACCACAGAGCUGCUGAAGGAGCGAUUUGACUACAUCUUCUACACGGGGUCAACAGGCGUGGGCAAGAUUGUACAGAGCGCCGCCAGCAAGCACCUCACCCCCACCACGCUGGAGCUGGGCGGGAAGAGCCCCUGCUACGUGGACAACUCGGCAGACCUGGACAUCGCCGUUCGCCGCAUCCUUUGGGGCAAGAUGUUCAACCUGGGCCAGACGUGCAUCGCGCCUGACUACAUCCUCUGUCCCAGCGCCGUGCAGAGCGCCUUCGUCGACAAGUGCAAGGCGGUGCUGAAGGAGUGGUAUGGAAACGAGGCCAAGAAAUCCUCCGACCUCAGCAGGAUUGUGGCCGAGAGACAUGUCGAUCGUCUGGCCAACUAUCUGAAGGACGGAACACCAGUGAUCGGCGGGAAGUACGACAAGACCGCCAAGUGGGUAGAGCCGACGGUGCUCGUGGACGUGAAGGCAGACAGCCGGAUCAUGCAGGAGGAGAUCUUUGGGCCCAUCCUCCCCAUCCUGAACGUGGCCGGCGCUGACGAUGCGAUAACCUUCAUCAACAAGAGAGAGAAGCCGCUGGCCCUGUACGUCUUCAGCAAGAACAAAGGUGACAUUAAUAAGUUCCUCGAAGGUGUGUCCUGCGGAGGCUUGACGGUCAAUGAUACUCUUCACCACGCAGCCAACCACAACCUCCCCUUCGGCGGCGUCGGCUACAGUGGCAUGGGCGCCUACCACGGGGACUACACCUUUAAGACCUUCACCCACUACAAGCCUGUCCUGAUUAGGGAGUACGAGGCGGCCCAGGAGAAGAUGUUGAGUGCCCGUUACCCGCCGUACAGUGACGAAAAACUCAAGGUCCUGACGGCAUAAACAACAACAACAACAAAUAAACAGAAACGAAAAAUAAAGGGAACAAAAGGAGUCCGCUGGAGGUUCGAGACCCUAACAGCACAAACAACAACAACAACAACAACAACAACAACAACAACAACAACAACAAUAGCAAACAAACAAAUCAACAAGUAAACAAAGCGGAACAAAUGAUGAUGAUGAUGAUGAUGUUGACGGUGAUGAUGAAGUACACAAGCAAAUAAAAAGGGAAAACGAUGAAAAAGAUGAGAAUGGAGAUGAAGGAGAUGAGGAA